AUGGACGGAAAAUUGCCGCAGACAGCGCUGGACAAGAUAUCCGACGAAUUGCAGAACCUCAUGCAGGAGUACAAUAAGGCCGUGUGCUCUCUGAAGGGUCUAUACGACGAGUCACAAGGCUUGCGGCGGACUUUUCUCUCGGCUGGGAUUGAGUACACAAAAAUGUCAGAGAGCGAGGAAAACAUAGGGAAGGCAUAUGCCGACUACAAGGAGAUGCUUGACAAAAGAGUCACCAUUUCCAAGAGGCUUCUUGCAGAUAUAAACUCCACGCUUUCUUCGGUCGACCAGCAGCUUCUCCUGCUGGAGUCCCCGUACGAGCCAAAAUUUGGAAUACAGACGCAGAAUCCCCGCGUGUUCAAAACCAACAAAAGCAACCCUGCGAAAAGCGCCGAGGAGUCGGAAAAAAGGUACUGCAUCUGCAACGGGCCUGCCUACGGGGAUAUGGUGGCGUGCGAUGCCUUCCACAUGGAAGUACCUUGGUACCACAUGGGCUGUGUAGGCCUUACAGGCACUCCGCGCGGGCACUGGCUGUGCCCAAAGUGCAAGCCAUCCGAGCAGUGA